UCCCGCGCAGGCGUACAAGCGUUCACCGAGUGGUGGACCGGCUCUUCAGCAGCUGGCGUCUCUGUUUGGUGGUCCAGUGGAGCGUGCCAGUGUGUCUUCUGCGCGCUCCUGUUGCCUCAGCAGUUACUACAGCCUUGGUGUAGCACAGCCACCUAGGAACAGAUGAGCAGUGAUGUACGAGUUCACACCUGGCCUUGUUCCUACUAUCUGGACCUUGAGAAGCAAUGGCUUCCUGGAAAACUGACCUUGACACCUCGUUCACUGAAGUUCAGUGUGGACAAAGCUGAAGAGGUCCUUGUUGGCCUGCCCCUUUCUAGCAUCACUGAGAUCAGGAAAGAGACAUCGCUCUUUAUCUUCAGUGCGAUCACAGUCCUGGAGAAGGGCCAGGCCAAGCACUGGUUCAGCUCACUGCGGCCUAGUCGAAAUGUGGUCUUCAACAUCAUCGAGCAUUUCUGGAGGGAGCUGCUACUGUCCCAGCCAGGCACUGCUGCCAAUCCAACCUCCCCCAUGACCAGGGGGCAGGAGCUGAUGGGACUGAUGGCGAGUUCCCAGAGACGCAUGGAAGACACAGCAAAGGUCCUUCACCACCAGGGCGAGCAGCUAGACAGUGUCAUGAGGGGCCUGGAGAAGAUGGAGUCCGAUCUAGAUGUGGCUGACAGAUUGCUGACAGAGUUGGAGACUCCUUCCUGGUGGCCUUUUAGUGCUAAGUUUUGGAAGACGCCAGUGGAAGCCAAGCCCAGGGACAGUGUCUCUGUAGCCCCUUGUGAGCCCUUUGGAAAGGAAGGGGUUGUGAUCAGGGUCCCUGCUGUUGUUUCUCAGAGAACAGAGUCUCAUUCCAAGCCAGGAAAACUCACUGUCCUGGUCUCCGGUUUGGAAAUCCAUGACUCCAGUUCAUUGCUCCUGCACAGAUUUGAGAAGGAAGAUGUUGAUGAUAUCAAGGUUCACUCUCCUUAUGAGGUCAGCAUACGCCAGCGGUUCAUCGGCAAGCCAGACGUGGCUUACCGGCUGAUAUCUGCCAAGAUGCCAGAGGUCAUUCCCAUUUUAGAAGUGCAGUUCAGCAAGAAGAUUGAGCUCCUGGAAGACGCCCUGGUGCUCAGGAGCAGGGGCCGUGCUUCGCCUGCCGAGGGCGGCUGCUCCAUUCGGCAUGCAGCAUCCAGACUGAUGGGCUGCACUACACACCAAGAGCUGCCCACAGGAGGACAGGAAGGCCAGCAGUCGCAGCUGCAGAAGGACUGGCCACUACUCUCUGAGGGGGAAGCCCAGGAGCUGACACAGAUCCUGAGCAAACUGAAGGGCCUCGCACUGGACACCGAGGCAGAGCUGGAACGCCAGGAUGCAGCUCUGGAUGGCAUCACCGUAGCUGUGGACCGGGCAACCCUGACUGUGGACAAGCAUAACCGUCGUAUGAGAAAGCUGUUGUAGUGGGGCAGGCUGCAGAACACUGCGCCUGCAUGCUCUGCUGAGCCUGCUGCUGUUAGCCCUGUGUCCUUUGCACUGAGACCUGGGAAGCCAUUCUGGGUGCUGUGGAACUAUGAGGCCCUACCUGGGAACUACAUCUUCCUUGGAUGGGCCGGGAGAAGCCACAACAUGCAUGAGCAUGAUAUGUUUUCCAGGUGCCCUUAGCAUGAGGGCCAAGUCCUGUUCAGGCAAGAAUGGCUACCACAGCAUAGUCAUCCCUUCCUGUCAAAACUGAGACCACAGCACUGAGCUGCCAUUGUGGGGCCAAGGCCCUGGUUACCUUGCACAAGUCACAUCAUACUGUCAUUUUUGCCAAGCAGUAAAGAAAAAUGUCAGUCAUUCUGA